AUGAACAAUCGGGCUAAGUUCACCAUCUGUGCCGCUGGCAUAUUCGUGUGCUAUUUCUUCUACGGGAUACUCCAGGAGAAGAUCACACGGGGCACGUACGGUACUCAGGGUGAAAAGUUUACUUACUCGUUGUCGCUGGUGUUUGUGCAGUGCGUGGUCAAUUAUGUGUUUGCUCGAGUCGUGCUCAAAGCGUUCCCCGAAGAGAGCGCUGACACAACGAAGUCAGCAUAUUAUGCUAUCAGCGCGGUCACAUACUUACUGGCCAUGAUCUUCAGCAACAUGGCGUUACAAUGGGUCAACUAUCCUACUCAGGUGGUAGCCAAGUCAGGAAAGCCCAUACCAGUCAUGAUUUUGGGUGUACUAUUGGGACGCAAGUCGUACCCAUUUAAAAAGUAUAUGUUUGUACUGCUCGUUGUCAUCGGAGUAGCUUUAUUCAUGUUCAAAGACGGCAAGUCUAAUCCAUCUCAGUUGGAUUCUUCUUUUUCAGGUCUCGGAGAAAUACUGUUAAUAUUUUCACUGAUGAUGGACGGUAUAACUGGAGCUGUCCAAGAGCGAAUGCGUAGUGAAUCAAAAACAAAAUCUGGACAUAUGAUGGUUAACAUGAACUUGUGGUCAAUGAUGUUUUUGAGUAUUGCACUUAUUGGCACUGGUCAAAUAUUUGACUUUAUUAGUUUUAUACAACGUUACCCUCAGAUAAUUGCGCAUCUACUGUUAUUCUCAGCAUUUAGUGCACUUGGACAAUUCUUUAUAUUUUGGACUGUAAGCGAUUUUGGACCUUUACCUUGUUCAAUUGUGACAACAACGAGAAAAUUCUUUACCGUACUUGCAUCAGUUAUAUUUUUUGGUAAUCCAAUGUUGACUAGACAAUGGAUUGGUACUAUUAUAGUAUUUAUUGGAUUAUUCUUGGAUAGUUUCUAUGGUAAACAACCUGCUAAAAGUAAAUAAUUUUAAUAUUUAUUUUAUCAUAAGAUUUGUCAAUAUUUUAUGUCAGAUUGCUUUUGAUACAAGUAUAUUGAAGAAAUAACAAUACUAUUGUACAUUUCAUUUAUGUUAAUGAAAACAAAU